GCCAUUACCGAGAACACCACAGCACCACAAAAGCCUUCUCCUUUUUUUUUUCCAAGUCCAUGUAAGAAAAAAGAAAGGAUUACUCUUUGUUCCUUCUUUUUAUCAAAGUUCUUCUUUGGUGCAAACAAAAAUUCAAGAAUCUUUUUGUAUACGAUGAGAAUCCGGAAACGACAAGUUCCUCUUCCUCUUUCGUCUCUAUUACCUGUUCCUCUAUCAGAUCUCUACUUUAACAGGUCACCCACGGCCACCACCGCUCCAUACUUUUGCGGCCAAGACAGAGACGGUGUUCUUGCUUCUCUUCUUCAGCUUCCGCCACCACCGUCACCGGUUACUGAUCGGUUGAUUAAAAGAGAUGUGAUUAGGAAGAAUGAGAAGAAAGCUUUGAAGGAUGAGGAUGAUGAUGAUGAUGAUGAUGUAGACGUGAAGAGUAGUACUGAUGCAUCUGGCAGCAAGAACGUUAAUCCCCUAGGAGAAUCCGACUCUUCAACAAAAGUUGUCGAGAAGAAUGUUGUUACUUUGAGGAAGAGAAGAAGCUUUAUAAGCUUCGAGGAACAAGGAGACGAUGAGGAGGAAGAAGAAGCUAAUCUUUGUAAAAAAGGGAAGAAGAGAGCCAAAAAGAGCGGUGCAUUAGAGGAAGGAUCACGGUGCAGCCGCGUUAACGGUAGGGGAUGGAGAUGUUGUCAGCAAACUCUUUAUGGGUAUUCUCUUUGUGAGCAUCAUCUUGGUAAAGGAAGGGUAAGGAGCAUGAACAAGAGUGCAAGCCGUCGUGGCGGCGAGAAAAAGGAGGUGGUGAUGGAAGUGAAGAAGAAGAAGAGAGUGAAGCUUGGAAUAGUAAAGGCGCGUUCCAUAAGUAGUUUGCUUGGACAAACCAGCACAAGUAGUGGUAAUGCUGAUGUUGUGGUUUCUACUGAGAGUGAGAUAAGUGCACCUGCUGAUCAGUUUGCUGCUUCUGAUAAGUAAGUCCGUCGAUCAGCAUUUACAGUUGUGUGUAUAUGUUUGUGUACAUAAUGACAAUGGACAUUCUAUGUUUAUGAACACUGUGCCUGUCGAUUGAUCGAGGACUUGGCGUUUUCAUCAUACAAUAUA